AUGGGAAACGUAGGAAGCCGGAUCGAUGAUUCGGGGGCUCUUUUUUUCAAGGACCAGAACAGAUUCGCGAUUUCCAGCAUAACCGUUACGAAUUCGCGGAACCAGGUUCUUCUCCAUCUCUCGCCAAACGCAUUUCCGGCCGCCCGAUAUAUCGCCAAGCGCGACAGCGGUGAUGAUACCCCGGUGGAAUAUGUCCAGGAUCCCGAUCCUCCUGCGUCCGCAUCAACCCCCUCUUUCCUUCUCCGGCUGACCAACGACGACGAACUCUCCUUCAAAUUCUUGUUUACUAUCAGACAGACACAGACUAGCAAUGUCUUCAACUCCACCGUAAAUGGCGUCUCGACGUCAUUACCGGAAUCCAUCGACACCGCUCUCACAGGCUUGACGUUUGCGCACGCGUCCAACGUGAAGGAGCUAGAUAACCUCAUCACGAGAGAAUUCCAUGCCAACCCCAAUCUCCAAAACAACUCAAAUGUACAGUUUGUCGGGGACUUCUCCACCAGCGGCAGUCCUUCAACUCAGUUUGAAUGGACAUGGAAAUGGAGAGCUCCAAAGGUGAUCGAGGACAAGGGUGGCGGGUGGAGGAACAGUUGCAGCUUUCUCGACUACGACCAGAGAACAAACCGAUUAAACACGCUUGCGAACCUUACGUUUUGGGUGCAGAAUACAGCACGACCUCUGCCCAGCCCACAGAUACUGUCCCCGCCGAGUCUAGAUAUAACCGCCCCUCCCAAUCGCAAUCGAAUUCCUUCUUCUCAGUCGAUUUUGUCUCACCUGAGCGAUACAGAUGUCCCUUUGGCUAGUCCUGGGGAACCGGCAGAUUUGCCAUCGUCUAACGCUCCUGUUCCGGUGAAAGUUGAUCUCCCUUCUCGACCAGGGGAAGACAUGGGUGCCGUGGAAGAUGGACCUCUCUUUCGGGCUACGAUGAAAUCUCUAGAGCAAAAAACUGGAAGCAUGCGCACAAAAAUAAAAAAGGUGCUGAAGAAAGCAGAAGCAGCCUAUACGGCGCAGGUCGCUUGUAAUGAAGCCGUUCAUGGGUUCAUUUCGGCUUUGAAUGACGCCUCCAGCUCCAACGCCAAUGCUAUUCAGCCUGCUAUGGAGCACUAUUUCGAGAGGAUUGCGCGUGAGAUCCUUAAUUUUGAGCAAGUCAACGCACAGCACCUUCAAAAAUUAGUCAUCGAUCCCCUCUCCAAGCUAUACACGAAUGACAUUAAGCAAGCCGAGUCUAAAAAGAAGGACUUUGAUGAAGAAAGCAGAGAUUACUAUGCCUACGUCGGGCGCUAUCUGGGCCAACGCCAGGACUCUUUGAAAGAGAAAAAGCGGGUUGAAAGUGAUUCCAAGUAUCAAGCGAAGCGGCGGACUUUUGAGUUGAAGCGCUUCGACUACUCGUCAUUUAUGCAAGAUCUCCACGGAGGUCGAAAGGAACAAGAGGUUCUCUCUCAUCUGACGAAAUACGCGGAGACACAGGCCAGAAAUUAUCUUUCGACGGCAAAGAAGGUGGACGAAAUGAUUCCCCAACUAGAAGCCCUUGUGCGGGAAGUCGACCAGGCCGACAAAGAGUUUCAGUUCCAACGGACAGAAAGAGAGACGAAACGAAGGGUCUUGGAGAAAAGCACCAAGACUUACGUAGAGCCAGAAAACUUUUCCACACCGAGUGCGAUAAGUAGUAUUGUGAACAACGGGCAGCCAUCGGAAUCAGAACUCAACAGAGCCGACAGUACUGGAUCACAGCUCAGAAGCGUUCAUAGUAACGCGUCUUCGGCCUCUUCACAAACCACUCAACCCAGUGGAGCUUCUAAUCUAACAAGCUCUGUUUCGAAUGCCAGCACAAAUCCCAGCGCGAGUCGCUUCAAGGGGAUACGGGACCUCGAAGAACACGAUAGACUCUCUGUGGCUGGCUCGGACAAAUUGGGAGGCCCACAGAGAAAAGAAGGUCUGCUCUGGGCUCUCUCGCGCCCUGGCUCUCAUAUCGAUCCGAAAGGUAUCAACAAGCAAGCGUGGCAUAAAUUUUGGAUUGUUUUGGACCAAGGGAAACUUUCCGAGUAUAGUAAUUGGAAACAAAGAUUGGAUCUUCACAUGGACCCGAUCGACUUGCGAAUGGCCUCUGUGCGGGAAGCAAGGAACGCCGAACGUCGGUUUUGCUUUGAGGUCAUCACGCCUCAGUUCAAGCGCAUUUAUCAGGCGACCUCGGGAGAAGACAUGAGCACCUGGAUCACAGCAAUUAAUAAUGCGCUACAAAGUGCAGUAGAAGGCCGCAACCCUCUUCCGUCCAUGCCAUCUUCAGCCCAUAGCGACGGCAGUGCCAAACGACGAGACAUUGGAUCUAUCCUGACUGGCAAGAGCUCUUCGUAUUCUGGGCAACACUCACAUUCUACAUCUUCAAAUACGAGUAGCGUAAAUCGGCGAACGACUGUGGGUGCGCGGCCCAGCUAUAUACGCAGUGACAGUAACAGUUACGAAGAGAACCCAGCCAAGUUAUUGCAAACAAUACGUGACGCGGACCAAGGGAACAAGUGGUGUGCCGACUGCGCAUCGACAAUCAAGGUUGAGUGGGUUUCCAUCAAUCUCGGGAUAGUCCUGUGUAUCGAAUGCAGUGGUAUUCACCGCUCGCUUGGAACUCACAUCUCCAAGGUCCGAUCGCUGACUCUGGAUGUGAAUUCGUUUUCAAACGACAUCGUCGAGAUUCUGCUGCAGGUGGGAAAUCGGGUCAGUAACAUGGUGUGGGAAGCGAAUUUGGAUCAAUCGCAAAAGCCACAGCCACAGUCGUCUCGCGAGCAGAGGCUGAAGUUCAUCACGGCCAAGUACAGUGACCGGGCAUAUGUACAGCCCUUGACUGCGGGUCGUUCACAUUAUCCAACAGCCAAUGAAACGCUCCUGGCAUCGAUCAAAAGGAACGACAUUCAAGGUGUUCUCCAGGGAAUAGCACUGCGAGCGAACGUCAAUGUUGCUGAUCGCUCGCGCAACACCCAUGCAGUAUUUCUUGCCCUCGCUGCCGCAGACCCGGCCACGCCUGGGUCUACCUCUCCAGGGAUGACCGCCAGCCCUAAAACGCCCGCCAAAGUUAUACCAUUCCCAAUCGCCGAACUACUCGUCCAGAAUGGCGCCGAGAUUCCGCCCCAGCCAGCACCGAUAAUGCUGUCCGCGGCGGCUCAGCUAUAUGUCAGCCAACGCACAGCAGUUAUAUCGAAUGCUGCUCCGACGACGCCAGUUCCGCCGGGGACACCUGGAAAACAGGGCUCAAGUGGCGGCACGCUUUCGGCAUUUCCCCUGAUCCGGGGUAAUUCAGGGUCCGAGAUCCAUUCGGCAGCACAUGCUCUGGCUCCGUUGGACGGCAGGGAGCGAGAAAAAUUACAAAAGAGAGGCAGCGCAGGCGCCAGAUUCGCCGGCAAAGUUGCAUCUCUUGGAAAUGACAAGUAG